AUGGACGUGAGCCUGGGGGUGACCGCCCUCAGCGUCCUGCAGCAGCCCGAGAAGCUCCAGUGGGAGGUGGUGGCCAGCGUGCUGGAGGACACGGUCAAAGACCUGGAGGAGCUGGGGGCCAACCCCUCCCUCAACCAAGCCAAGGCCCACUCCCACUCCCACUCCCAGGCCAAAGCCAAGGACAAGGCCCCCGACCACCACCACCACCACAACAUUCCCUUCCCCUGCCUGCUGGCCGGGGGCCUGCUCAGCUACCGCUCCCCCUCGGGCACCCCGGUGGUGGCCGGGCCCUCCAACGCCCCCCCCCCCCCCCCCCGGACCCCCCCCGGCCCCCCGCGGACCCACGGCGCCGAGCCCUUGUUCGGACCCCUCCAGGAGCAGGGGCCCAUCGAAAUCGAGUCCGGCCCCGCCCAGCCCCCCCCGACGGGGCGGGGCUUCCCCACCCCGCUCCCGGGCCCCCCCCCGCCGCCGGCCGCCCGCAGGACUACGCCGGUUUUGCUGCUGUACAGCGUCCGCGAGGCGGACGACAAGUCCCCGGGGCAGGCCUUCGCCCAGAUGAACAGCCUGGUGGGCAAGGGGCUGCACGAGGAGGGCUUCACCGUGCCGCAGAUCAUCGAGAUGGAGUUCGACACGCACGAGCAGCUGCUCCUCCAGGACCCGCCCAUCACCUACAUCCAGCAGUUCGCCGACGCCGCCGCGGCGUCCACCACUCUGGACGGCCACGCGGACAAGUGGAGCACGCUGGCGGCCUCGGCCGCGGCCGGCCCCCCGCGGCCCGGCGCCCUGGUCCAGUGCGUGCGGCUGCCCGGGCAGCUGGAGGGCCAGCGGCUGUACGUGGACUCCAUCACGCCCUGCUGGGACGGCGUGCACCUGCUGGUGGUGCUGCAGCCCCACGCCGCCGCCGCCGACCAGCCGCCCAGCGCCUCCAACCAGGUGGAGGCGCUCAACAACAUCAACCGCCUGCACUCGGCCGCCCUCUGCGGCCACCCCGUGGCCAACGGCGUGGAGCCGUCCCCGCCCCAGACCCCGCUCAUCCUGCCCCCGCAAGACCAGCAGCAGCACAGGAGGGCCCCCGGCGGCCGGGGCGGGGGGGGCGGGGGGGGGUACCUGGCGCUCUACAAGCUGAACUACUCCACCCGCAUCGUCACCCUGGAGGAGGAGCCGGUCAAAGUCCAGCAGAUCCUGGACCCCUGCGAGGCGGUCACCUCCCUCAUCCUGCUGCCCCCCGACGUGCUGGACAGCAGGGAGGACGACAGCGAGGAGUCCCCCGAGGAGGCCCGCCCCUCGGCAUCCAAAAACUGCUCCUCGGGGGCGGGGUCCGCGGCCAGCGGCGGCACGGCCCCCCCCCGCCCCCUCCACAUCCGCCGCCGGCCACAAGCGGGCGGAGGUCAGCGGCCUGGGCCACCUGGUGGUCACCACGCAGGCCGGCUGCAUCAUGGAGUGGAGCUCCUGGUGGAGCAGCCCCUGGCCACGGAGAGCCUGAUGUCCCUGGUGGAGAUGACGCGCUUCGAGACGCUGACGCCGCGCUUCUCGGCCACCGUGCCGCCGUGCUGGGCCGAGGUGCAGCAGGAGCAGCAGCAGCGCCGCCACCCGCAGCACCUGCACCAGCAGCACCACGGCGACGCCGCGCAGCACACCCGCACCUGGAAGCUGCAGAGCGACAGCUCCAGCUGGGACGAGCAUGUGUUUGAGCUGGUGCUGCCCAAGGCCUGCAUGGUGGGCCACGUGGACUUUAAGUUCGUCCUGAAUGCCAACAUCGUCAACAUUCCUCAGAUCCAAGUGACUUUGCUGAAGAACAAGGCACCGGGGCUCGGCAAAGUCAGCGGUGAGGACCCUGCUCUUUGUGUGUUUGUGUCUGUGUCGGACUGCCUAUACUAA